AUACCACCUGGCGCCUGGCGCUAAAUUUAUAAAUAAAUAAAUAAAAAAAUCAAGAAAUUGUUCGAUAGGUGUGAACAAAACAAAACGAAACAACAUUUCCCUCCGGAGCCGGCGGGGAUCGUUCUGUUUCAUGAGAACUUUUUUCUGGUUGAGAAGAAAGACAAUUUUUUUUUAGAUUCAAAACCUAAAUUGCUUUAUAUAUUGUCUUUAUCGAUAAAAUAAUUGCUUCUAUUCAUCGUAAUUAUGAUUUGAUUUUGUUUUGGAAUCGACUUGGGACUGUUCUUGACACUGUUUCAGACGUUACAGUUUGCUGAUUUGGAGGUACUAUUAUUGUCUCGCCUUUCUCUUUCUUAGGCCAGUGGCGUACCCUCGUUCAGCUUCUGAACAAUGGGGAAGAACAAGGAAGUAAUUCGGCUGGAGCGUGAAUCUGUCAUUCCGGUGUUGAAGCCGAAGCUUAUAAUGACCUUGGCCAAUCUAAUUGAACAUAGUUCUGAUCGGGCAGAGUUCUUAAAACUUUGCAAGAGAAUUGAGUACACAAUUCGAGCUUGGUAUCUUCUUCAAUUUGAGGAUUUGAUGCAACUCUACUCUCUCUUUGAUCCUGUUCAUGGAGCCCAGAAGCUGGAGCAGCAGAAUCUAUCCUCUGAUGAAAUUGAAGUGCUUGAACAAAAUUUUCUUUCUUACCUGUUUCAGGUUAUGGAAAAGAGCAAUUUCAAAAUAGCAAGUGAUGAGGAGAUUGAAAUUGCACUUUCAGGGCAGUAUCUCUUAAAUCUUCCUAUUACAGUUGAUGAAUCCAAGCUUGACAAGGUUCUUUUAAAGAAAUAUUUUGCGACACAUCCUCAAGCCAACCUACCAGACUUUGUUGACAAGUAUGUUAUUUUCAGGCGAGGAACUGGAAUUGACCAAACGAGUGAUUUUUUUUUCAUGGAGAAAGUAGACAUGCUUAUCGGAAGGUUUUGGGCAUAUCUGUUAAGGUUAACGAGGUUAGAAAAGAUUCUCUGCAGACGGCCAAUUUCACGAUCUACGGAGGAUAGGAAGAAGAAUGAUGAGAUUCCCCCUGAUGCUGAUCAAGACCUAGAUGUUGAAAGAGUUCGUCUGGAGAAUAUGGAACUGAGCGCUUCCAAUUUGCUGGGCAAGGUUACCAUUCAAGAACCUACCUUUGAUAGGAUUAUUGUAGUUUACAGGCGAGCAAGUACAAAGUCUAAACCUGAACGUGGAAUAUAUGUCAAGCAUUUUAAAAACAUUCCAAUGGCUGAUAUGGAAAUAGUACUUCCUGAAAAGAAGAAUCCAGGACUGACUCCAAUGGACUGGGUUAAGUUUAUUGUAUCUGCUAUAGUUGGGCUGGUUGCCCUUGUGGGUUCAAUUGAGAUGCCCAAGGCUGACUUUUGGGUCAUUUUCGCUGUUCUCUCAACAGUUAUUGGUUACUGUGCAAAGACAUAUUUCACGUUUCAGCAAAACAUGGCUACAUAUCAGAACUUAAUUACACAAUCCAUGUAUGACAAACAGCUGGAUAGUGGAAGGGGAACACUUCUUCAUUUGUGUGAUGAUGUGAUCCAACAGGAAGUUAAAGAGGUGAUCAUUUCCUUCUUUAUACUGAUGGAGCAAGGCAAAGCUACUUUAGAAGAUCUUGAUCUACGGUGUGAGGAGUUGAUCAAAGAAGAGUUUGGAGAACACUGCAACUUCGAAGUGGACGAUGCAGUUCAAAAGUUGGAGAAAUUGGGAAUCAUUUCUCGGGAUACAAUUGGGCGUUAUUACUGUGUUGGAUUAAAACGCGCCAAUGAGAUCAUAGGACUGACUACAGAGGAGCUUGUCCUGAAAGCAAGGCAGGGUGUCAAUCCUUGAGAAAUGGAAAGGCCAAACCUAUUCCUGCUUUUUCUCAGAGUGUAUCUUAGCGCUAAAGCACAAAAACAUGAAAUUCAACUGUAGAUAGUGUUGGCGGUGUGCAAAUGAAGAAAAAUUGCUGCUCUAGAAAGUUUUCCACUUCAACAGUUUAGUGAUGCAAGCUUAGUAGUUUGCUUAAUGCAUUUACCUCUUCUUCGUAGAAAUGCUGCUCUUUGGUGUGUUUCCUAAAUUGAUUCGAAUCUGGAAUAUAGUUGUAUUUUUCUUGCAAGAUUUAUUGCAUCAGUUUUGUUUCUUUUGGAAAUCUCAUCGAGGAUAUUAUGCUAACAUGGCUGUUUUUCUUAUGCUUGUUGUAUGGUUGAAAUAUGUUUUAAUAUUUUCAUUUCAGGUAUCUCAUGUA